GAUCGCCAUGUUCAGUUAGCUACGAUCAACGCAACGGUAUAUUUAAAUGAAUAUUCUAACAACGCGAAUAGUCCAAGGCGAUAAUUUUUGUUAGUGUAAAAGCAAAAGCAAAUAGAAUUUUUUAUACGCAAAAACUGUACAUUUGGAAUAUAUUGUUGUUUGGAAACAAGUGAUAUUUUGGCACAAAUUUAAGGAAUUUCAAAACGAAGUGCAACAUUUUUUGCACAAACUAACCAAUCGAAAAAUUAAUUUCGCAUUUUAAAAACAAAGUACAAUGUGUACGUUUGUAUUUUAGGUGGUUUUAGCAUUUUAUGAGAAACAAUUGGUUGUUUGUAUUGAAUUUUAUACUGUGAAGUGUGUACUGAAAUUUUGUGGAGAAAGACAUAUGAUUUAUUAUCAGAAUAUUGACACUGAUUUUGACCGUCUCGAUAAACCAAAAAUGGCGCCGUUUUACAAAAAAUUAUGCAGAAGUCUUUCGAAGCGCUGCCAAAAGCCGUCCUUGAGCUUAGACAACACAGUGGAAACGUUGCUUAUCAAGAAUGAAGGUGAUUUCAUCAGCGUCGAGCAGGGCAAAGAGACGUUAACAGCAAGCGGAGCAACAGUAGUUGGCACAGCAAAUGGCACCAACGUUGGUGUGCACGCACGCAAACGCAAUUCAACACAAUUACAACAUCCACCACAUCACCCGGCCGCACAUCAUCAGCAUCAAUCACAGCAAGCUGUACAGCAUCAGCAGCAACAGCAACAACAGAAACGUGAUGAAAAUAUGCGGCAAUUGUUGGAUGUAACGAAUACGUUGACAUUUGAAGAGUUGCGUGAUUUUGAAAUGCGUUACGGUUCACCGCAUCACAGUCGUUCGCAAUCGGUGAAAACACCAGGAAGUCGUGCGUCCGGACGUCCCAAUCAGUUAUGCUUGCCACAACAACGUUCACGAGUCGCUUCAAUGCCAAAUACUGGCGUCGAGGAAGAGUACUACAGACUGAGGCAUUUUUCCAUCACAGGCAAAGGUGUUGUGAAUCGCGGUGAUUCGCUCAAGAGUCGUCGCAGUCGUUCCAACAACAGUGUGGCCAGUUCGAAUUCGAGCACGGAACACUUGACUGCCGCCCAAUUACCAGCACCGAAUUCGGCACGCACAUCUGCCACCUGCAGUUUGGCGUCCAGCCGUGAGAGCAGCACUUCAAAUCCGGGCAGUGGUCCCUACAGAGUUCUAAUGCUGGGCGGGCCGGCUGUUGGUAAAAGUUCUUUGGUAUCGCAGUUCAUGACUUCGGAAUAUUUGCAUGCGUACGAUACAAGUAUUGACUUAAGCCAACCGCCUUUCUCUACAACUCUAACAGGUCCAUGUGAAAUACGCAUUGAAAUCGAAAAGCCCGCCGACGAUGACGAAUCCGGCGAGAAGGCCGUUUCAGUAUUACUCAGUGGCGAAGAGUCUGAAUUGAUUUUCAUCGAUCACGCAUAUACGGAAAUGAAUCCUGACGAUUGUCUAUCCAGCUAUGAACCACAUGGUUAUUGCGUCAUUUAUUCAGCAGCUGACCGCAGCAGUUUCACGGUGGCCGAGCAUGUGCUGCAGGUCUUGUGGACGAACCAGAAUAUCGCACAAAAAGCUGUCAUAUUAGUGGCGAAUAAAGCGGAUUUGGCGAGAAGUCGACUGGUGACAUCCGAUGAGGGCAAAGCCAUGGCCACCGCCUAUGACUGUAAAUUCAUUGAGACUUCGGUGGGCAUAAAUCACAAUGUCGAUGAGCUGUUGGUCGGUUUGUUGUCGCAAAUACGUUUGAAAUUGGAAAAUCCGGAAAAAUCUAGGGACCUCUUCCGUAAACGUUCGAUUCGUAAGUCAAAGCGACGCGCCUGCUCCCCACUCGGUGGCGCUUGUCUCACCGGCGGCACUAACCCCAACACACCGCAGGGGCCAGUGAAUAAUGUUAUUUCCGAUGUCAACACACCACCCGGAAGUGCACAAAGCAGUCCCCGCAAAUACCGUGGCUCCCGCACAUCGACCAGCCUGAAGGUGAAGGGUCUGCUGGGCCGUGUUUGGGCGCGAGACUCAAAGUCGAAAAGCUGCGAAAAUCUGCAUGUGCUGUAAGCAGAACGCGGCCGCAAGACAAAGGCCACGCGUGAAGCUACAUGAAUGCCGAAGCAAUGAAAGAAUGUGUGCGUGCGGAAUGGAGGAUUGAAAUCUUAUUGCUUAUUGGAAAAAAUAUUGUAUUCAACUAAGGGCAAAAAUAUUUACAUUUUCGAAAAGCAGUCGCUACUCCACUUCGCAAAGGAGUAUGUAAAGAGAACUGCUUACAACUGAAAUACAAGAAUUUAAGUGUAAAAUGCGUGUAAAAUAUGAAACAGUAUGCGUGGUGGUUAUAUAUAUAAGGCAAAAAGUGCGUUAAAAAUUUGUAUUUUUGCGCUUUUAAAAUUAAUUUGAUUAAGAAUUUCAUCUAUUAUUGUAUUCCGUCUGUAUUUUUGUACUUUCUUGAGUAGUAUUUAAAACCGUAAAUGAAAAA